AUGAGUCGUCCAUCUAUCAAAGAAUAUUUGAGCAGCAACCCAACUAGAACGCUGGUUCUAGAUGGCGGUCAGGGAACAGAACUUGAAAAUAGAGGCAUCAAGGUUGCCAAUCCGGUGUGGUCUACGAUUCCAUUCAUCAAUGACACCUUCUGGUCUGAUCCUGCCUCAAAAGAUCGCCAGAUUGUGAAAGAAAUGUACGAGGACUUUAUGGCAAGUGGGGCGCAGGCUUUGAUGACAGUGACCUACCAGGCAAGCUUCAAGUCGGUAUCUGAGAACACUGUCAUCAAGACGCCAGAAGCAUACCUGGAGCUGCUCUCUAGAAUCGUUGACUUUUCACGCGGCUGUAUCGGCAACGACAAAUGGUUGGUGGGCUGUAUCGGUCCAUGGGGUGCUCACAACUGCACCGAGUUUUCAGGCGAGUACGGACCGGAACCGGAAAAAAUCGACUAUUUGAAGUAUUUCGAGCUGCAGCUAUCUGCGUUCAACAAAAACGAAAACUUGGAUAUGAUUGCGUUCGAGACCAUCCCCAGCUUUCACGAAAUCAAAGCAAUUCUUUCAUGGGACGAGUCUUUGAUCUCCAAACCCUUUUGCAUCGGGCUUUCGGUUCACGAUAAUGGGAAACUGCGCGAUGGCACGAGUCUGCGAGAAAUCGGUGAGUAUAUCAAAUCCCUAGGUUCAAAGUUGAAUCCCAACUUUACUCUGUUGGGUGUGAAUUGCGUGAGUUUUGAUCAUUCCCACAAUAUGUUGAAAAGCCUACACGAGGUUUUGCCAGAGCUUCCACUCAUUGCCUACCCAAAUAGCGGUGAAGUAUACGAUACGGUGCAAAAAGUUUGGACCUCCAAAAAAUCGCACGACAUGAGUUGGGAUUAUCUGGUCAAAGAAUACAUUGAGAACGGAGCCCGCAUUAUUGGUGGAUGCUGCAGGACUACACCAGCGGACAUCAAGAAGAUCAGUGAUGCUGUCAAAAAAUACUCAAAAUGA